AUGUCCCAUUCCAGGUAUGGUCAGCAGGCUGAAAUACAUUGUGUCAAGUCAUGCAAAAAAUGCCCCUUCCACAGCAGGGCUUGGGUAUGGUGAGUGUGUUCUUUGAAUACAUUUCUAUUGAGAGAGUAUUAUGUAUAUACUGUAGCCUGGUGGUCCGGUCUGUUUGUGUUCUGGCCAACUCCUCUCUGUCUGUGUUGUCAGGCUGAAGAUAUGUAGCUGUACCACUUGACAACAAUUGAUUAGUUGGCUGUGGCACAUACAAAAGGGACCAGACUAGUGCAGUAACAGAAACCCUUAUGGCUGACUUUGAGAAACGUUAUCUGUAGCUUGAUUGCUAACAUGAGUAAACGUUGUGUUCCUUCAAUUUGUUGUUUUGUCCUCCAGGGGUAUGGGAGAUUGACCCACGCCACCUCACCUUCAUCAAGGAGCUGGGCAAUGGGCAGUUUGGAGUGGUGAAGUACGGGAAGUGGCAGGGCCAGCAUGACGUGGCCAUCAAGAUGAUCAAGGAGGGCUCCAUGUCUGAAGACGACUUCAUAGAGGAGGCCAAAGUCAUGAUGUAAGCACAGCUCUCUCUAUCUCGCAGGGGUGCAGUCAGUGGACUAUGGGGUCAAUUUUAACCCACAUAGGCCUACAACACAUGCUUAAUCUCGUCUCUUUUCGCUUGAACCAGGAAGCUCCGCCACGAGAACUUGGUUCAGCUGUACGGCGUAUGCACCAAACAAAGGCCCAUCUACAUUGUCACAGAGUUCCUCUCCAACGGCUGCCUACUCAGCUAUCUGCGGGAAGGCCUGAAGCAGCACCCAUCCCCCAUCCAGCUCCUGGAGAUGUGUAAGGACGUCACAGAGGGCAUGGCCUACCUGGAGGCUAACCAGUACAUCCACAGAGACCUGGUAAGAUGUUAUACUUAUAAGUCAAAUAGCUUGGGUUUUGCAGUUUGCACUUUUGGGACUAUUCCACCGAUUGUUCAAACUAAAUCAAGCGCAGCUCACGUAUUUGAAAGACACAGCAGGUCUGAUCCUGAUAUGGUACUACUACUAUCCUACACUAAACAAUACUGGGCCCAAAUAACAAAUACUCUGUUCUGUUUCUCAGGCUGCAAGAAACUGCUUGGUAGAUACCAAUGGGACCAUUAAAGUCACUGACUUUGGACUGUCUAGGUAAACGACUGUGAAUGUUGUGCUUGAUUCUGGCAGCUUUUACAAAAAAGUACACACUGCAGAAAUACCUGACAAAUAAAUCCAAUCUACAGUUGAUUCUUACAGCAAUAUUAUGUAAUUCAAGCUACUUCCAUUAUAAGUUGACAACUGUCCCUGUCAUUUCAGGUAUGUCCUGGAUGAUGAGUACACCAGCUCUGCAGGCUCCAAGUUCCCCGUGCGCUGGUCUCCUCCUGAGGUCCUGCUCUACUGUAAAUUCAGCAGCAAGUCAGACAUCUGGGCUUAUGGUUCGUAAAGGCCUCCUAUCUUAGCCCAGAUCCAGGUCCCAGAUCUGUUUGAGCUGUCUUGUCAACUCAGUAUGGUUGUUGUCACGCCAAUGACCAUAUGAGUUGGCGAGAGCGAACAGAUCUGGGAACAGGCCACAGCUAUUUAACCUUUAUUCACUCACUAUUUAUUCCUCUGCUGAUCAUUUAAUACAUAUUGACAAGGUUACCUUGCUCUCCAUAGGGGUCUUAAUGUGGGAGAUCUACACCUUAGGAAAGCUGCCCUACGAACGGUUAAACAACAAUGAGAUAGUGGACCAGGUGUCCCGAGGCCAUCGCCUCUAUCGCCCCCAGUUGGCCAACGACAGAGUCUACACCAUCAUGACCAGCUGUUGGCUGGAUGUACGUACAGUAUAAAGUAGCCAGAAUAAUGCCUGGUCACAGAUCUGUAUAUUCUGUAUGCCAAAUGUUAUGGUCAUUGUCAAACCAUGUUUGCAAAACAGCACAGUUCAGAGAUCAGGCUAGAUAAGUGGGGGUCAAAGAUAAAUGUCAGCAAAAUGGACGUCAGCUUGACACCUUCUAAUCUAAAACAGUCAUGUCUUGUCUCUCCUCUUGCGUUGACUGGCAGAAGGCGGACGAGAGACCCACCUUUCAGGAGCUGUCGGUGACUGUUCAGGACUUGCUCCAGUAGAUCCAACCACCACAUUCUGAGAUUGAAACACAGUUCGCAGAUUCAUCCCUCUGGCAGAUACACUUCCUCAUGCAGAGCAGACUCGAGGCUUCAUUCCCACAGGGCCUCAUCCAUUCUGUGCAUCAGCCAUUGAGGAACCUGCUUUAGGAGACGUAGAUAAAACUGUUAAAGAAGGUUCAGCCAUCCAAUGGGAAAGCUGAGAGAUGCUUUAUGGUUGAACAUGGGACUCCCAUGACGAACUCCAGUAGUGAAAUAAAAUAUAAUUUGACGAACGUAUCUGUUGGUUAUUGAGAACAUGAAAAGAAUAUGAAAAGUUUUUCCUUAUUUAUUUCGUAUGUUUUCCUUUAAUACUAUCAUUGGUGAACUGCAUUCAAUAAUAUAUAUAUAGGCCUAUCUGUUUCUGUAAGAUUUCAUAUUUAUUUUCUAUGUCUAGCCACUGAAAUGCAUAGUAAAAAGAAAUACCC